GCGGGGUUGAGGGGCGCUGUGGAGACGCGGUGCUGGAGCUGGUGGGGGCGGGGCAGGGCACGGCACGCGUUUAACCUCCGGGACCCCAGUUUUCCUCUAACGCGGCGUUGAGAGCGGAUUUCAUCCCAGAAUCCCUAUGGCUUCCUCUACAGGGUCUUGGGGGUACCUUCUAAACCCUGUCAGCAGAGCUCUAAGCCAGCGCUAUUUCAGCACCACAGAGGCCCUUGGAGCAAUACAGAAGAUGACCAGAGUUCGUGUGGUAGACAAUAGUGCCCUAGGGAACACUGCAUACCACCGCCCGCCUCGAUGCAUCCAUGUCUACAAUAAGUCUGGAGUGGGCAAGGUGGGAGAUCGGAUCCUCCUGGCCAUCAAGGGGCAGAAGAAGAAGGCCCUCAUUGUGGGGCACCGAAUGCCUGGGCCCCAAAUGACACCAAGGUUUGAUUCAAACAACGUAGUCCUCAUUGAGGACAAUGGGAACCCCGUGGGUACCCGCAUCAAGGUACCAAUUCCAACGAGUCUCCGGCGGCUGGAAGGCGAGUAUUCCAAAGUGCUUGCCAUCGCCCAGACCUUCGUAUGAGAGGCCAGGGACCCUGACUGCAGGAAGUGCUCUUGGAGGGAGACAAUUCACAGAGCAGUCCCCAACUAAGAAUAGGACUUCAGGGAAAGGGAGGAUUUUCCCCUUCUCUCCCCCAGGAUGGAGGGAAAACCGAAUUCUGUGAAGUAAUAAAAAUAUUUUAUGUAUA